AUGUCUCGUUUCAGCUUCCUUGCUCUGCUAUCCCUGGCUACAGCCUCCUUGGAUUCAUCCCACGAGCAUCCCAGGUACUCCAUCGAUCGGCGUCAGCUGCCUCAGGAUCCAACCGGUGUCAAAACUAUCGAGACACCCAAUGGCGUGACUAUCCGGUACAAGGAGCCCGGCAAAGAGGGUGUCUGCGAGACCACCCCUGGCGUCAAUUCUUACUCUGGAUAUGUCGAUCUCUCGCCGGAGUCUCACACCUUUUUCUACUUUUUCGAGGCAAGAAAUAACCCAGCGACUGCGCCGAUUACCCUUUGGUUGAAUGGGGGUCCUGGAAGUGACUCGCUCAUCGGUCUAUUCGAGGAGCUGGGGCCGUGCUCUAUCAACGAGAACCUUACGACAGACGUCAACCCUUACUCGUGGAGCGAGGUCUCGAACCUCCUCUUCAUCUCUCAGCCAUUGGGAGUCGGAUUUUCAUAUGCCGAAACCGAGGAGGGCUCGCUCAACCCCGUUACUGGUGCUGUUGAGGACGCCUCGUUUGCUGGUGUCCAGGGUCGCUACCCCAAGAUCAAUGCUACGUUGAUCGACACCACCGAUCUUGCUGCUCAUGCUGCCUGGGAAAUCGUCCAGGGCUUCCUUGGUGGUCUGCCCCAAUUGGAUAUUGAGAUCAAGUCCAAGGACUUUAGCUUGUGGACGGAGAGUUAUGGAGGACACUAUGGCCCAGCGUUCUUCAACCACUUUUACGAGCAGAACCAGAAGAUCGCCAACGGAAGCGUCCAAGGUAUCGAACUCAACUUCAACUCUCUUGGUAUCAUCAACGGAAUCAUCGAUGAGGGUAUCCAGGCCUCCUACUACCCCGAAUUUGCAGUCCACAACACUUACGGCAUCGAGGCUGUCAAUGAGACAGUCUACAACUACAUGAAGUUCGCCAAUGAGAUGCCCAACGGUUGCCAGGACCAGGUCGCUCUGUGCAAGCUGACCAACCGCACUUCGUUGAGCGACUUUGCUCUUUGCACGGAGGCAACCAACAUGUGCAGAGACAAUGUUGAGGGCCCCUACUACUCCUUUGGCGGCCGGGGCGUCUACGAUAUCCGCCACCCCUACGAUGACCCCACGCCUCCUGGCCUUUUCGAGCCCUUCCUCCGCCAAGACUGGGUCAUGAACGCCCUCGGCGUCUCGGUGAACUACACAUCAUCCAACCAAGAGGUCUACUUCGCCUUCCAGCAACGCGGCGAUUUUGUUUUCCCCAACUUCCUUGAAGACCUGGAAGAAAUUCUAACAUACCCCGUCCGAGUCUCCCUAAUCUACGGUGACGCAGACUACAUCUGUAACUGGUUCGGCGGCGAAGCCGUCUCGCUCGCCAUCGACUACCCGCACAAGAACCAGUUCCACGCCGCAGGCUACGUGCCCCUCCUCGUUGACGGCAUCGAGUACGGCGAGACGAGAGAGUUUGGAAACUUUUCAUUCACGAGGGUUUAUGAGGCGGGCCACGAGGUUCCGUACUAUCAGCCCGAGGCGUCGUUGCAGCUGUUUAACCGGACUCUGUUUGGGUAUGAUAUUCCCGAGGGGAAAGUGAAGAUCCGGGGUGGGUUUGCGACGGAUGGGACGGCUACUGCGACGCAUACCGAGUCGUUUGUGGCGUUGCCAACUCCCGAGCCGGGUUCUCUUGUUAGGUAG